GAUAUCGGUGACGAUCAACAUUUACGAUGACGUGAGACAUGGGGAUUCUGAGUUUCAGCUUGUACUAUCAGCAAGGCGUUGGACAAGAUGAAUGAGCGAAUGGGACAUGGUGGACGCAGUGCUUCACAAUCAUGGAUUCGGCGUGCAGCAGCUGAGAGCUUGGGAGGUCAAAAGUACUUUCGUCGCAUUGUUCAAAGGGCAAGUGCCUGGGUGGAGGUGUCCUGUAUUAGGCGAUGGUGGCAGUCGACGCGGAAGCACUGUCAAUUGCCCAUUGCGACAGUCUUGAUGCUGUUCGACCGCGUGGUUUGCUAUGCUCCGGUCUUUCCGACAAUGGUACGGCCAUGUCAUCCUCCAGAGCAAGGAAAGGAUGGACCAAUGGUUGCAAGGACGUACAAAAAGUUGACCAUGUCGGGUGGUGUGUCAGAUCCAAAAGUCGACACUUUAGCCCAUGUCAUUGGCAUUCUGUUGCCGUCUGACACAUCCCCCUGGUCAGGAUGCAGCAUAGUGCACGUUUUCGCUGCUGGCCUGAAUGUGCGAUGCGAGAUCCUUCAACAGGGGUACUUUGUUCCAUCGUGCUCAAAUGUCGACUGUAUGAGGCAAGCAGUGUUUCUUCACUUCUCUCAGCCGCAGGAGAAUCCUCUUUGUCCGUGUUUGCAAGCGUUGUGACAUAGUGGUGCUCUCGCUCCCUUUGUUAGGCAUGUUUCCGUGAAGUAGGGCGCAAGAUAUACCAAUCAUGGCGUACCAGCGCACA